AUGUUGGACAGACUUACGGAAACCUACACCCACAGUGUGAAGUACAUCUUGUCGGUCUCGGUGCGAACUGUGAAUUUCCUGAAGUACAUGCAGCGUGUGGCUUUGGACUACAGCGUGGAUAGUGCCUAUGAUCAGGUGAUGUAUCAGAGACAGCUGAUGGUGAAACCACCACCAGCGAAGCCCAGCUUCUCCGCAGCCAUGGGCAGGAUUUUUGUGGAGGCCGUGCUCAGCUUCACGCACUCGGCCUCAGCCUCGUUCAAUUUUUUCAAGGGGGCAUACAAGGGCCAGGCGCUGGAUUAUUUGGCAGCUCUGAUUCGCCUUUGUGAGAAAGUCGUGGGGCCAAUUGUCAAAGAAAACUCAGAAUUUCGAGGCGACCUCGGUGGCUGGAUAGCUCAGCCCAACAGUCCACUCUUCGAAACCCAAAAAGAGGCCGGGGUGGAGGCAGCCGAUCGGCGCCGCGUCCCACAGAGUGCGGCAGAGGCAAAAGUGGCCGAAGUCAUGGACGAAGUGCUGAAGAACCACCUCGGAAACCUGGAGUCGCGCAUGGCGUUGCCCACUUGA